GGAAGGAAGCGACGAGUGAGAGCGUUGGCUUCCUCCGGGAGACUCCGCCCCUGUGCUACUUCUUCCCGGUGCUCAGGCCGGUCGUGCACUUUGCCGGGCGCCCGGGAAAGACCGGGGGAUGAUGGUACAGAUGGAGACACAACUGCAGAGCAUUUUUGAGGAGGUGGUGAAAACGGAAGUCAUAGAAGAGGCUUUCCCCGGGAUGUUUAUGGAUACCCCGGAAGAUGAAAAAACAAAACUAAUUAGCUGUUUGGGGGCCUUCAGACAGUUUUGGGGUGGUCUUUCUCAGGAGUCUCAUGAACAAUGUAUCCAGUGGAUUGUUAAAUUUAUUCAUGGCCAGCAUAGUCCUAAAAGAAUUUCUUUUCUUUAUGACUGCUUAGCAAUGGCAGUUGAAACUGGUCUUCUUCCACCCAGGAUGGUUUGUGAAUCUCUCAUAAACUCUGACACUCUUGAAUGGGAAAGAACACAGCUUUGGGCCUUAACAUUUAAACUGGUUCGAAAAAUCAUUGGGGGAGUGGAUUACAAGGGUGUUCGAGAUCUCUUAAAAGUGAUUUUGGAGAAAAUCUUGACAAUUCCUAAUACAGUGAGCUCUGCUGUUGUACAGCAGCUGCUAGCAGCAAGAGAGGUUAUAGCAUAUAUCUUAGAAAGAAAUGCCUGCUUAUUACCAGCCUAUUUUGCAGUCACAGAGAUCAGGAAACUAUAUCCUGAGGGAAAACUUCCACACUGGUUACUUGGAAACCUAGUAUCAGACUUUGUAGACACCUUCAGGCCCACGGCAAGGAUAAACUCCAUAUGUGGCCGCUGCAGUCUUCUACCAGUUGUAAAUAACUCAGGUGCUAUUUGUAAUUCAUGGAAAUUGGAUCCUGCAACUCUUCGUUUUCCUUUGAAAGGCCUUUUGCCAUAUGAUAAGGAUCUAUUUGAACCACAGACUGCUUUGUUGAGAUAUGUAUUGGAGCAGCCUUAUUCCAGGGAUAUGGUCUGCAAUAUGCUAGGUUUAAAUAAGCAGACCUUGAACAUUGCUCAGCACAAGCAGCGCUGCCCUGUGCUGGAGGACCAGUUGGUGGAUCUGGUGGUUUAUGCCAUGGAGCGGUCCGAGACCGAGGAGAAGUUUGAUGAUGGGGGAACAAGCCAACUCUUGUGGCAGCAUCUUUCAAGUCAGCUCAUUUUCUUUGUGCUUUUCCAGUUUGCCAGUUUCCCACAUAUGGUCCUUUCUCUUCAUCAGAAGUUAGCAGGGCGAGGACUAAUCAAAGGCAGAGAUCAUUUGAUGUGGGUUCUCCUGCAAUUCAUUUCUGGAAGUAUUCAGAAAAAUGCUCUAGCUGAUUUUCUCCCUGUCAUGAAGCUCUUUGAUCUUCUCUACCCAGAAAAAGAAUGUAUCCCAGUUCCUGAUAUUAACAAACCCCAAUCAACUCAUGCCUUUGCAAUGACUUGUAUUUGGAUUCAUCUCAAUAGAAAAGCCCAAAAUGACAACUCCACACUACAAAUUCCAAUACCUCAUUCACUAAAGUUUCACCAUGAGUUCUUACAGCAGAGUCUGAGAAAUAAAAGUUUACAGAUGAAUGACUAUAAGAUUGCCCUGUUAUGUAAUGCAUACUCUACAAAUUCAGAAUGUUUUACAUUACCCAUGGGAGCUCUGGUAGAAACUAUUUAUGGAAAUGGAAUUAUGAGGAUACCUCUCCCAGGAACAAGCUGUUUGGCUUCUGCAUCUAUAACUCCCUUACCAAUGAACCUCCUGGAUUCAUUGACAGUUCAUGCCAAAAUGAGCCUUAUUCACAGCAUUGCAACGAGAGUGAUAAAACUUGCUCAUGCAAAGUCCAGUGUGGCAUUGGCUCCAGCCCUAGUGGAAACUUACAGUCGUUUAUUGGUCUAUAUGGAAAUAGAGUCUUUGGGCAUCAAAGGAUUUAUCAGUCAGCUCUUACCAACUGUUUUCAAGUCUCAUGCUUGGGGGAUCCUGCACACACUUCUUGAGAUGUUCAGCUACCGGAUGCACCACAUUCAGCCUCAUUACAGAGUUCAGCUCCUGAGUCAUCUUCAUACUUUGGCUGCAGUUGCACAAACAAACCAGAAUCAACUCCAUCUUUGUGUUGAAAGCACCGCUCUCAGGCUUAUAACAGCAUUAGGUAGCUCAGAGGUACAGCCACAGUUUACACGUUUCCUUAGUGAUCCCAAAACAGUAUUAUCUGCAGAAUCUGAAGAACUGAACCGAGCCUUGAUAUUGACCUUAGCCAGAGCAACUCAUGUAACAGAUUUUUUUACAGGCUCUGAUUCAAUUCAGGGAACUUGGUGUAAAGACAUACUUCAGACCAUCAUGAGUUUUACUCCUCAUAAUUGGGCUUCACAUACCCUUAGCUGUUUUCCAGGCCCACUACAGGCAUUCUUCAAACAAAAUAAUGUACCUCAGGAAAGUCGUUUUAAUCUGAAAAAAAAUGUUGAAGAGGAGUAUAGGAAGUGGAAGUCUAUGACCAAUGAAAAUGACAUCAUUACCCACUUUUCCAUACAAGGCUCUCCUCCUCUUUUCCUUUGUCUUCUCUGGAAAAUGCUCUUGGACACAGAUCAUAUUAAUCAGAUUGGCUACAGAGUAUUAGAGAGAAUUGGAGCCAGGGCCUUGGUAGCCCAUGUGAGAACAUUUGCAGAUUUCCUGGUAUAUGAGUUUUCUACCUCAGCGGGAGGUCAGCAACUUAAUAAGUGCAUUGAAAUUCUUAAUGACAUGGUAUGGAAAUAUAACAUUGUUACAUUGGACAGAUUAAUUCUCUGCCUGGCCAUGCGCAGUCAUGAAGGAAAUGAAGCCCAGGUUUGUUACUUCAUAAUUCAGUUGCUGUUACUCAAACCAAAUGACUUUAGAAAUCGAGUAAGUGACUUUGUGAAGGAAAAUUCCCCAGAGCACUGGCUACAGAAUGACUGGCAUACCAAGCACAUGAAUUAUCACAAGAAAUAUCCAGAAAAACUGUAUUUUGAGGGCCUGGCGGAACAAGUUGAUCCUCCUGUGCAGAUUCAAUCCCCCUAUCUGCCAAUUUAUUUUGGAAAUGUGUGUCUCCGAUUCCUUCCAGUAUUUGAUAUAGUAAUUCACAGAUUUUUAGAGUUGUAUCCAGUAUCCAAAUCACUAGAAACUCUACUGGAUCACCUAGGAGGCUUAUAUAAAUUUCAUGAUCGGCCAGUGACUUACCUGUAUAAUACUUUGCACUAUUAUGAAAUGUACUUGAGAAACCGUGAUCAUCUCAAACGAAAACUUGUCCAUGCAAUCAUUGGUUCACUUAAGGAUAAUCGACCACAGGGCUGGUGUCUAAGUGACACUUACCUGAAGUAUGCUAUGAAUCCACGGGAGGACAAUCCAUGGGUCCCAGAUGACUCCUACUAUUGCAAAUUAAUUGGCAGACUAGUAGAUACAAUGGCCGGCAAAUCUCCUGGUCCCUUCCCAAACUGUGAUUGGCGAUUCAAUGAGUUUCCCAACCCUGCCGCCCAUGCUCUGCAUGUUACUUGUGUGGAGCUCAUGGCCUUGGCAGUUUCAGGCAAAGAUGUUGGAAAUGCCCUUCUUAAUGUCGUGUUGAAAAGUCAGCCCUUGGUACCAAGAGAGAACAUUACAGCAUGGAUGAAUGCAAUUGGUUUGAUCAUCACUGCCCUACCAGAACCAUAUUGGAUUGUCCUUCAUGAUCGAAUUGUGAGUGUUAUCAGCAGUCGCAGCUUGACAUCAGAAACAGAGUGGGUUGGUUAUCCAUUCCGCCUAUUUGACUUCACUGCUUGUCAUCAGUCCUACUCUGAGAUGAGCUGUAGCUACACAUUAGCUCUAGCACAUGCUGUAUGGCACCAUUCUAGCAUUGGACAACUUUCACUCAUUCCAAAGUUUCUCACUGAAGUACUGCUUCCUAUAGUGAAGACUGAAUUCCAAUUGCUUUAUGUCUACCAUCUUGUAGGACCAUUUUUACAAAGAUUUCAGCAGGAGAGAACUCGAUGUAUGAUAGAGAUUGGUGUGGCAUUUUAUGACAUGCUGCUAAAUGUAGACCAGUGUAGCACCCAUUUAAAUUACAUGGAUCCCAUCUGUGACUUCCUGUAUCAUAUGAAAUAUAUGUUUACUGGUGACAGCGUGAAAGAACAAGUAGAGAAGAUUAUCUGUAAUUUAAAACCAGCUUUAAAACUUCGUCUUCGAUUCAUCACACAUAUUAGCAAGAUGGAACCAGCUGCAGUGCCUCCACAAGCUAUAAAUAGUGGAUCUCCAGCACCUCAGUCUAAUCAGGUGCCAGCAUCCUUACCAGUAACUCAGUGAAGUUAGAGUUACUGUAGUGAGAAUGUAAAUAUACCUGUCUUAGAAAGUGGACUCAAGUUUAUUAAAUCUGAAUGUGAUCAUGUUAAAGUGAUGUGGUAGAAGAAGCAGCAGAGAUAUUCAGAUUGUUUUCUUUUGAUUCAAAUGGUGAAUCUCCUCACACCUUAAUUCCCAUCUCCCUGUCUAUAUUUUUGUCUCUAAGAGAUCAAGUAAGCUACAUAUUGUUCAUAUUCAUAGCAAUUAAGAGCACCCUAGGAACAUAGAUGUAUACUGUGAUCAAAUGACUUUUCCUUUGUAUUCUCAGUCUUUCCUAUUUUAGCCAUUGUUUUUAUUUUUAUUUUUAUGUUUUAUUAUUGUAUAGUCAGUCUUAAAGUACUUUGCUUUAAAGACAGAACACAUGUAAAAUAACCAUUACAAAUCCUUUUAUACAUAAAUCUUCUUUUGUGAUUCUUCAGGAUAAUAGAGAUUUUUAUCAAAUAAAGGACUCUGGGUUUCAUUGCAUUGCAGAAGCAAACAAAGUUUCGUAUUUUUUUUUAAAGACUUGAAAUUUUUAUUGUAAAUUUCCAAGUAAAUAGUCUAAUGUUUCUAUUGAGAUAGAUGGGCAGUUUUUGCCUUUGCUUUGAACUUACCAGAUGAAAUGAGUUGGAAGCCAUGUAAGAAAAUAUCAUCUGAAAAUGCAUACAUUUAAAUAAAAUCAUGCUUAAAUGGCUGAUUCCCGAAUCUCUGUCUAUAAAAAUCAGUUGCUUUUGCAUGUUGAUAUCCUCACCUGGCAGAUGAUGUGAAUUUUGGAAUUUUCAUAAUUCCAAAUUUUUUAAAUAUUUGUAUUUUUAAAUGUACAUUUUGGUUCUUUAGGGUUUAUUAGAUUUCUGAAAGACAUUGUUAAUUUUGGGGGAAAUGGCAUUGUGAAAAACUUGAAAACUAAUAAAGACUGUUGGAUGAAUACACCA